CCGGAGUCGGGGGCAGGGUGUCGGGGUGGUGGAGGAUCGCGCCGCGCUGAUGUCUUCGGGCCGGUAGCACCAGUCGGGGAUUUCGGAGAGCCGCCGGCCUGAUGGUGCACUGCAUUUCUAUGGUGUGGCGCAAGGUGCUGAGGAAACGCUGGGUGCUCGCCGUGGUCUUCGGCCUCUCGCUCAUCUAUUUCCUGCGCAGCACCUUGAGGCAGGAGGAAAGAACAGUACUCGACCGAAAUUUGCUGCAGCUUCGAGGUCCUGAACGGCGAAUAGUAUGGAAAGUGCGUUUUAACCUCGGUAACAGCAGUAGACAGAAUGCACAGUGUCGAAACUCCAUCCAGGGUAAACUGCUAAUUACAGAUGAACAAGGCUAUGUGUGUGAGAGGAAGAAUUUGCUUGUCAAUGGCUGCUGCAGCAUAAAUGCACCAAGCACAAAACUGUAUGCAUGUGACACCUGCCUGCCUAAUGACUGCUGCAGUGUGUAUGAGUAUUGUGUUUCUUGUUGCCUACAGCCAAAUAAGCAACCUCUAUUAGAACGUUUCCUGAACAGGGCUGCAGAAGCCUUCCAGAAUCUGUUUACAGCAAUCGAGGACCACUUCGAACUCUGCCUGGCAAAGUGCAGAACAUCUUCUCAGAGCGUUCAACAUGAAAAUAACUACAGAGAUCCUGCUGCAAAAUAUUGUUAUGGAGAAGAUCUGCCAGAAUUACUUCCUCUGUAAUCUACAUUGUUAAAAUGGGAGUGAAAACUAAAGCAUAUUUUGUUUGGGCAAACUUUCGCUGUGGAAGGAAUACAGAUUUUCUUAAAAUAAGAAACUACAAUAACUCUCUUUUCGAUAUCAGUAUUUAUUAUUUAUUUUGUUUUAGCUUUUGAACUGCCUUGAUUGCAGCAAUCAAGACAACCAAAUGCCAAACAGUAUCCAUCCAAAUCUGUAAUUAGUGUUGUGCUGAAUAUUGCAGUCUGAGCAGACUACUGCCAGCAAAUAAAGAAUCAUCUGCUACACUAAUUACAGUUUAUUUGCAUAUUUGGAGAUUAAUCGGUGCAAGAUAUGUAAAUAUAUGCAUAUGUUUAUCAAAAUUAAGAUGUACACAACACUUGAUUUAUGAGCAUUUCAGGCUUCUUGCUUGCUUGAUUGUCACCUUUUCAAGUCUUGCCAAUUCAUGAAGGACACUAGUAUUUUGGUGAUGAGUGAGCUAUGAUAGUUGAUUCAGCAAAGUUGAAUUGUUUUGGUGAAGUAUGGAAUGCAAACUUUGGAUUGCUAAUAUUAGGUUAUCUCCAAUUAAUAUGAUAAAUGUGCUAUUGUGCAAUAUUGUAUAUUGAGAACCAUCAAUAAUACAUGGGGUUAGAAAUUUGUGUUCAGUAGUAUUGUUAAGCUUGUAGCAAUGAAUACACAUUGAAUUCAGUCUAUGAUAUUCAGUUUCUUUGAAGUCGAUAUAACAGGAUUUUAGAAGCCAAAUUCUUUGUGCAUUACUACAUUGAUUAUUGCACGCAACAGGAGGUAAAUUUUAUCCUGUGGUAUUUUACUUGAUUUACACAAGCUAAAGAUCAUUUGUAAUCUCUGGAUGUUCCUGAUAAUGUCAGCACUCCCAAGGUGACAACCCAUUAAUCAAUGAAAGAUAAAAUAAAAGUCUAGAGGGACAUUUUCUACAAUAUAGAUAAAAUAAAAAAUAGGAAAAAAAACAUGUUUGAGUUUCCUGACAAGCUGUUGAAUUAUGCAGUUGAACUGAGGAAAAAGGAAGCAAAAAACAGUUGUGGAACUGCAGAUAAAACGAGCCCUUUUGUUGUAAUAAUCUCAGUUUUAAAAUUACACAUAUUCAUUGAAUGUUUGAGGUUGAAAGGUGUUUGCCAUGCAUUAUCUUUUUCUAUUUGAGUCUCUGGGCAGAUGAGCUGGAUGUAAAGGAUUAGUAAAUGAAAAAUGGUAAAAUGAGACAACUGUUCUGUAUGUUUUUUUUGUAUUAAAGACGUUGUGAUGUAGAGAAUAUCUUCCUGAGGGCUGGAAUAAAUCAUGUGCUUUCUUUUU